UUUAAGUAUAAAUUAUUUUUAUCACAAUAACCAUCAAGAAUCAAAACUAUUGUUAUAAUCAUACACAAUAAUUGACGACAAGAAAAUGUUCUUAUUUAUAUCUGCCACUAACAGCGGAUGAUGAGUGAGUGAGUAUGGUUUUACACAGCUUUUAGAGAUAUUCCAGCAAUAUCAAGGUGGCGGACACUAGAAAUGGGCUUCACACAUUGUACCCAUAUUGGGAAUCGAACCCAGGUCUUCGGCAAGACGAGCAAACACUUUGACCACGAGGCUACCCCACCGACCCUCAACAUAUGAUGACCAUGUAGUCCAAAUUUGUAACACAAAGCAAAACAAUCAAGACAUCCUCCAGCUCUACUUCCACCGACAUGCCCAGCCCUAACCCCAUCAUGUACACAGCCAUGGAGACCUCCCCUAGCUCCACUUCCACCGACAUGCCAAGCCCUAUCCCCAUCAUCUACACAGCCAUGGAGACAUCCUCCAGCUCCACUUUCACCGACAUGCCAAGCCCUAACCCCAUCAUCUACACAGCCAAGGAGACAUCCUCCAGCUCCACUUCCACCGACAUGCCAAGCCCUAACCCCAUCAUCUACACAGCCAUGGAGACAUCCUCUAGCUCCACUUCCACCGACAUGUCAAGCCCUAUCCCCAUCAUGUGCACAGCCAUGGAGACAUCCUCCAGCUCCACCGACAUGCCAAGCCCUAACCCCAUCAUCUACACAGCCAUGGAGACCUCCUCCAGCUCCACUUCCACCGACAUGCCAAGCCCUACCCCUAUCAUGUACACAGCCAUGGAGACAUCCUCUAGCUCCACUUCAACCAACAUGCCAAGCCUUAACCCCAUCAUGUACACAGCCAUGGAGACAUCCUCUAGCUCCACUUCAACCAACAUGCCAAGCCUUAACCCCAUCCUCUACAGAGCCAUGGAGACAUCCUCUAGCUCCACUUCCACCGACAUGCCAAGCCUUAACCCUAUCAUGUACACAGCCAUGGAGACAUCCUCUAGCUCCACUUCAACCAACAUGCCAAGCCCUAACCCCAUCCUCUACACAGCCAAGGAGACAUCCUCCAGCUCCACUUCCACCGACAUGCCAAGCCCUAACCCCAUCCUCUACACAGCCAUGGAGACAUUCCCUAGCUCCACUUCCACCGACAUGUCACGCCCUAUCCCCAUCAUGUGCACAGCCAUGGAGACAUCCUCUAGCUCCACUUCAACCAACAUGCCAAGCCUUAACCCCAUCCUCUACACAGCCAUGGAGACAUCCUCUAGCUCCAUUUCAACCAACAUGCCAAGCCUUAACCCCAUCAUGUACACAGCCAUGGAGACAUCCUCUAGCUCCACUUCCACCGACAUGCCAAGCCCUAACCCCAUCCUCUACACAGCCAAGGAGACAUCCUCCAGCUCCACUUCCACCGACAUGCCAAGCCCUAUCCCCAUCCUCUACACAGCCAUGGAGACAUUCCCUAGCUCCACUUCCACCGACAUGUCAAGCCCUAUCCCCAUCAUGUGCACAGUCAUGGAGACAUCCUCCAGCUCCACCGACAUGCCAAGCCCUAACCCCAUCAUCUACACAGCCAUGGAGACCUCCUCCAGCUCCACUUCCACCGACAUGCCAAGCCCUACCCCUAUCAUGUACACAGCCAUGGAGACAUCCUCUAGCUCCACUUCAACCAACAUGCCAAGCCUUAACCCCAUCCUCUACACAGCCAUGGAGACAUCUACAAGCAAACAGACACACAGACACACACACACAUGUUGCUAUAUAUAUAAGUGCAAUAAUCUUGAACAUAGAGCCCCAUUUCAUCUCACCUUAACAGCCAUGGGGAGUCAAGUAUAGGGCCCCAACAACCUUUGCUGGCGACGCCUAUUUGGAUUGAGUGAUUAUGCUCUUUGACUUGGUUGAUAAUGAGUUAAUGAACCUCAAUAAGAUGAGACGUUCAUCAUAAUAUCCAUCACUUGCUUGUGUGGUCCAGCCACAAAUAUUUACAGGUUGUCAUUUGUAGAAUAUUGCAAACUUAUCAAAUAAUUUACAGGCUGUUGUGGAUAAGCCUCUAAUAUUGCUGACUGCAAUAAAUAACAUUGGCUUGCUCAUUUACCUGUUAUAAAGGACUUUGUUUUGUC